AUGUCCCACGCGGGCCAGUCUAUGUGGGAUUGCGGCCACAAGUACGCGACGCGACCUCGCUCCUGCCUGCUGCUUGCCGUCGCGCCUCAGCUACUGGACUUCCUCUCCGUCACUCCGCGGCUCUCCUUCUACACGGUCCAUCUUCCGAGCGCACAGUCAUCGUCACGCACUGCCCCCAAUGGCGCGCCCUCUUCGACGCCCUCCGCCUCCGACUGCUGGGCACGUCUCCGCCGGGCACAUUUAGCCACUCUCCAAGCUCGCCACCACCGUCUCAACGCGCCCCCCGCGCACGCGCCUGCGAGCCUCUACGCCACGCAUAACGACCUCAAUCUCCUCGUCACCUCCACCUCCGCGACCGCCUGUGCUGCCACCUCCUCUGCGACCGCACACCCGACGUGCACGCCUUCCCCGCGCGCUGGCCCCGACAAGGCUUUCCCUCCGCACUCUUGCCCCACUCCGACCCGAGCCGAGCCGGAUGCGGGGAAGGCGGUCUGUCCUGCCCUCCGCAUGCUCGCACUCGAGCUGUACCCGCCGCCGAUGCCGCGGGCGCGUGCGGACGUCGUCGCGCCCGACGCCGGCUUCCCUCGCAUCCUCGGCCUCCAUGCCAACUCUGCCUCCAAGCCUCACACCUCUUCCCUGGAAGCCGGCGGCACGCUCUUGUUUGUUCUCGUUGGUCCUCGUGUGGCCAAGUGGCAACCGUUCGAGACCAGCAAGGACAGUACCCCCGUGCACCUCCACUGCUCAGCCGGAUCCCGGCGGACUGGCGGGUUCAUUGCCAUCGACGCCCUCCGCGGCAAGAUCGCAAGCCGCGUCGGAGUUCCAGGCACCCUCCGUGCUCGCCGCUGCCGCUGGCACUUCCUCCCCUCUUCCUCUGCCAACGCCAAGAACCCGCGGAAGGAGCUCCAGAGCUCCGGUGGCCGCCCCUCGCCCGACGGCACGACACACAUCGCGACCCCGCACAAGUUGCACCCGGACUCGUCGCCGCCGUUGCUGUCAACGCACGGCUCUGAGCCGACCCGGCGUGUGAUCAAGGACAUGCGCACCCUCUGCUAG